AUGGAUAAUGAGAAAUCCUCAGUUGGCCAUGAGAGAUCCUCUGUUGAUUCUGAAAAGCCCUCAGUUGAUGAAGAAAAGCCUUCGGAGGCCAAAGAAGACGAUAGUCAGUUUCCAAAAGGGAUCAAGCUCGCAGUCAUCAUCGUUUCGAUCCUGCUUGCUAUGUUUCUGGUCGCAUUGGAUCGCACUAUCAUCGCCACUGCAGUACCAGAAAUCUCCAACCAAUUCAACGCUCUCGACGAUAUCAGCUGGUACGCCAGCGCCUAUCUCUUGACAAGUUGUGCCACCCAGCUAUCCUGGGGCAAAGUAUACACUUAUUACUCCACUAAGAACAUCUUUCUUGUUGCGAUCCUGAUCUUCGAAGUCGGAUCGGCGCUCUGCGGCGGUGCCCCCAACUCCAAUGCAUUCAUCGUGGGAAGAGCGAUAGCAGGAAUUGGCUCAGCAGGCAUCUUCUCUGGCGCGACAGUGAUCAUCGCACAGAUCGUGCCACUGGCCAAACGGCCAAUGUACGUCGGGCUAAUGGGCUCAAUAUUCGGCAUCUCGUCAAUUAUUGGACCCUUGCUCGGUGGUGCCUUCACAGACAACGUUACAUGGCGUUGGUGCUUCUACAUCAAUCUUCCAAUCGGCGGAUUCACUAUGGUUGUGCUUUUCCUGUUCCUACUGAUCCCACCCCCACGCGAUACCUCCACUGAUACAUGGAAGCGGCAGAUCCUCCGCCUGGACCCACUAGGGAGCGUAUUGUUCCUUCCCGCGGUGAUCUGCUUCAUGCUUGCCCUGCAAUGGGGUGGCACGGCUUAUGCCUGGACGAAUGGACGCAUCAUUGCGCUGUUUGUGAUAUCGGGGGUCCUUAUGUUCGCCUUUGUCGGCGUGCAGAUCUGGCUCAAGACGGAUGCAACUGUGCCUCCGCACAUCUUCAACCAGCGCAGCAUUACUAGCGGGGUUGUAUUCGCUUUGUGUGUUGGUGGUGGGCUCAUAUCUAUGCUAUACACCCUACCGCUGUGGUUCCAGGGAGUCCGCGGCACCAGUGCCGUGAAAUCUGGGAUCGACACGAUCCCUAUGGUGCUCGCACUGGUAGUUGGAUCCAUUCUCUCCGGUGCAAUCAUCACCAGAGCGGGAUACUAUGUCCCAUCGAUGUUUGUCGCGACAAUUCUCAUGUCGACUGGCGCUGGGUUGAUGACGACCUUUAAGCUUGAUACAAACCACGCUGCCUGGAUUGGAUACCAGGUACUCUUUGGUAUUGGCAUCGGCAGUGGAAUGCAGCAGCCAUCUCUAGCGGCACAAACUAUCCUCCCCAUGGGAGAGGUCGCGAUUGGUGUCUCGCUGAUGUUUUUUGCUCAGUCGCUCGGUGGUGCGGUCUUCAUUGCGGUUUCGCAAUCGCUCUUCCAGAAUUUCCUUCGCGCAGAAUUGCCCCAUGUCCAGGGAAUCGAUUUGUCUAAAACCCUAGAGGCUGGCGCAACUGGCUUCGUCAAUGCAGUACCGGCUAACAAGAUGCAUGAUGUUCUAGUUGUGUACAACGAUGGUCUCCGACGGUCAUUCAUUGUUAGUGUAGCGGUUUCUUGCUUGAUGAUCAUCCCGGCACUUACGAUGGAAUGGAGGACGAUCAAGAAGAAUGAUGCGCCUGCUUCAGAAUCUUGA